AAAAGGACAAAAACAAAUAAAAGAUGGCUUUUGGUCGGAGUUUUCUCUCUGGUUUUGUAACAACGAAGAUGAACGGAGAAUAAUUUCUUCCUCUUUUCCUUUUUUUCUCUUCCUUCCACAAUCAUUCAAAUUUUCUUCUUCUCUCUCUCUCUCUCUCUCUCUCUCUCUCUCAAUUUCUCACGGUGGCGAUGUCAUUACCUCCGUUUAGCAGCCGUCUUCUCGCGGCGGCGGUUGCCCUCUAUCUAAUAGGUCUGUUUUGCGUGGGUGCUGACACGAAAGGUGAUACCGCUCCGAAAAUUCCUGGUUGUUCCAAUGCGUUUCAAUCGGUCAAAGUCGAGAAUUGGGUUAACGGAGAAGAAGGUGAGAGUUUUACGGCCAUGACUGCUCAGUUUGGUGCCAUGCUUCCCUCUGAUAAAGACAAAGCUGUUAAACUUCCGGUUUCUCUUACCACUCCUUUGACCAGUUGCUCCAAUUUAACCUCAAAGCUAUCUGGUUCUAUUGCGUUAUCUGUGCGUGGUGAAUGUACUUUCACGGAUAAGGCUGAAGUUGCGCAGGCAGGAGGAGCUGCAGCUUUGGUGUUAAUAAACGAUAAAGAAGAGCUGGAAGAGAUGGUUUGUGAUGAGAAAGAUACUUCCUUGAAUGUUUCUAUACCUGUUUUGAUGAUUCCAACGUCAUCUGGAGAUGCACUGAGGAAAUCCAUUUUGCAAAAUAAGAAAGUGGAGCUUUUAUUGUAUGCUCCAAAGAGCCCAAUUUUGGAUUAUGCAGUGAUCUUCCUCUGGCUCAUGUCUGUUGGAACAGUUUUCAUUGCUUCUGUUUGGUCACAUGUCACCAGUCCUAAGAAGAAUGAUGAGCAAUACAAUGAAUUAUCACCCAAGAAAUCUUCAAAUGACGAGGCUAGCAAAGCUGCUGAAGACGAAACUCUUGAUAUCAGUGCUAAAGGUGCUGUUAUCUUUGUCAUAUCAGCGUCCACAUUCCUCAUUUUGCUCUUCUUCUUCAUGUCAUCGUGGUUCAUCUUGAUCCUGACCAUAUUUUUCGUCAUUGGUGGUAUGCAGGGAAUGCAUAUUAUUAUCACCACACUCAUAAAAAGGAGAUGCAACAAAUCUGGCCAAAAGAAUGUAAAACUCCCUCUGCUUGGGAAUACCUCAAUUCUCUCACUCGUGGUUCUGUUAUUCUGCCUUGCGGUUGCUGUCGUCUGGUUUAUCAAGCGCAAAGCUUCGUACGCAUGGGCAGGCCAAGAUCUUUUUGGUAUUUGCAUGAUGAUAAAUGUCUUGCAAGUGGCUCGGCUACCUAAUAUCAGGGUUGCUACCAUUCUUCUCUGUUGUGCAUUUUUCUAUGACAUCUUUUGGGUAUUCAUAUCACCACUAAUUUUCAAGCAAAGUGUUAUGAUUGCGGUUGCACGUGGGAGCAAAGACACUGGAGAAUCUAUUCCCAUGCUUUUGAGAAUACCACGGCUUUCUGAUCCAUGGGGUGGUUACAACAUGAUCGGCUUUGGAGACAUUCUUUUCCCAGGUCUUCUCGUAUGCUUUAUAUUCAGAUAUGACAAGGAAAAUAACAAAGGAGUCUUGAAUGGAUAUUUCCCAUGGUUAAUGUUUGGGUACGGACUUGGCCUUUUCUUAACAUACUUGGGAUUGUAUGUUAUGAACGGACACGGACAACCUGCAUUGCUCUAUCUUGUCCCUUGCACGCUUGGAAUCACGGUCAUUCUGGGGUUGGUGAGGAAAGAACUCAGGGACUUGUGGAACUAUGGGACUGAAAGCAUUCAGCAUUCAGCUGCAGAUGUAAAUCCAUCUCCAUAAGCAGAAAUUGGCUUCAAACAUGAAUUGAAAAAGUCAGAACUCUAGAAACUGAAAAGAAGAAAAAAAAAAAAAAUCAUCAUGUUUUUCUUUCUUUCACCCCAUAAAUCUAAGAAAUCUACACUUUUGAUGCAUAUACGUGUAGUCUCGAGCCCACCAGACGUAUAUAAUGUAAUGUAUAUUCAUCACCAACUUCUGUAUCUAUUGAACAAGUUUUGUAUA